CGGUCCUUCGGAGGGAUGCACAUCGCCGGCGCGGGCCGGACUACAGCCCCCGUCAUGCCGCGGCGCGGGCGGGCGGUGGCGCCGAGCGCGCCUGCGCCGCCAGACGUGGCAGCAGCCGCAGCGGCGGCGGGUCCGGAGCGGGUCCGGCGCGGCGGCGGGAUGGCAGUGCCGGGGCAGGGCGCGGGCGCUGCGCGGCGCCGCGGGCGGCUCCCGCCGCUCCCGCUGCUACUGCUCGGCCUGGCGGCAUUCUUGCCAGCAUUUGUGUAUUCGUUGAAGGUGUCUCCACUCAUAGAAAAAAUAAGUGAUCACAAGGAUUUUAAGAAGCUUCUCAGGACACGAAAUAACGUACUAGUGCUCUAUUCCAAAUCUGCUGGUGCUGCUGAGAGCUCGCUCAGAUUGCUGUCCAGCGUGGCCCAAGAGGUGAAAGGACGAGGUACUAUAGGCUGGAUAGACUGUGGUGAUACUGAAAGCCGAAAAUUAUGCAAGAAGAUGAAGGUAGAUCCUAAUUCAAAGGAGAAAGGAGUGGAUUUACUCCAUUAUAAGGACGGUGCAUUUCAUACUGCAUAUAACAGAGCGGUCACAUUGAAGUCUAUGGUGGCCUUUCUCAAGGAUCCAGAAGGUGCUCCACUGUGGGAGGAAGAUCCUGAAGCCAAAGAUAUUGUGCAUGUCGACAGUGAAAAGGAAUUGAGAAGGCUUCUGAAGAAGGAGGACAAGCCCCUACUGAUGAUGUUCUAUGCCCCAUGGUGUGGUGUUUGUAAGAGAAUGAUGCCAUCUUAUCAGCAGGCAGCCACAGAACUCAAGGGUAAAUAUGUUCUUGCGGGGAUGAACGUUUACUCUGCUGAAUUUGAAAAGAUAAAGGAAGAAUUCAAUGUCCGGGGAUAUCCUACAAUCUGCUAUUUUGAGAAAGGCAAGUUCCUGUUCAACUUUGAGAACUUUGGUGCUACCGCAGCAGAUAUCGCAGAGUGGCUGAAAAACCCACAGGCACCUCAGCCCCAGGCUCCAGAGACUCCCUGGGCAGAUGAAGAAAAUGUAGUUUAUCACCUGACCGAUGAGGACUUCGACAAGUUUAUAAAAGAUCAUUCGUCUGUGCUAGUGAUGUUCCAUGCACCAUGGUGCGGGCACUGUAAGAAAAUGAAGCCAGAAUAUGAGAAGGCGGCAGAAGUUCUCCAUGUAACCACUGAUAGUCCUGGUGUCCUUGCAGCAGUUGAUGCUACCGUCAACAAAGCGCUGGCAGAAAGGUAUCACAUCUCAGGGUUUCCCACUUUGAAGUAUUUUAAGGAUGGAGAGGAGAAAUACACUCUGCCACACCUCAGAACAAAGAAGAAGAUCCUUGACUGGCUGCAAAAUCCCGAAGCACCCCCUCCACCUGAGCCUGCAUGGGAGGAAAAACAGACCAGUGUUAUCCACCUUGCUGGAGAAGACUUCAGGGAGUCCUUGAAGAAGAAGAAGCACACGCUUGUCAUGUUCUAUGCACCAUGGUGUCCUCACUGUAAAAAUGCCAUUCCACAUUUCACAACUGCUGCUGAAGUCUUUAAAGAAGAUCGCAAGAUCGCCUACGCUGCAGUGGACUGUGCCAAAGGACAGAAUCAUGACCUGUGUAAGCAGGAGGGGGUCGAUGGCUACCCCACCUUCAACUAUUACAACUACGGGAAAUUUGUGGAAAAAUAUACUGGAGAUCGAGGGGAGUCUGGAUUCACCACUUUCAUGCGAACCCUGAGAGAAAGAGAUCAUGAAAGAGUAGGAAAGAAGAAGGAUGAAUUGUAGUUUCUGCCUCAAAAGAAGCUUUCCGCUGCACUGUGAAUGGUUCCAGGUCUUUUGUUGAUGCACCUGAGACUUCACAUAUUCUCAAGACAGAGACUUUUUUUUAUAAAAAACAGCCAUGGCCAUUUUGUACAAUUUUGAAAUAAAGUAAAACCACUUGAUUUUUAAAAGGAAAAUAAAUUAGAAUGUUGCCAUAAUGUUUUAAAGAAAACUUAGCAUUUUCUCUCAUGUUGGGAGACUAUGCCCACUGACACUCCUAUGCAAUAUUUUUGUAGUCUGUAGUGUGUCUGUAGGUGAUGUUGUUUGUUAGGGUGAAAUUUUUGUUCUGGUAUUGCAGUACAUGUAAAAAACAAAGGGGAGGGGAUAUGGUUCGGUUUGGGUUUGUUUUGUUAUAUUUUGUUUAAAUCAGUGCAGGAAAAUGGGAUUUAUAAGACACAGAUUUAUUCAAAUGAAGUUUUACAUUCUUGUGAAAUAGUUACAUGUUCUUGACUGAGAUUUGGGGGGAACAAUUUUAAGGUGCUCAGGGAUAAAUAAGGUAUCUGAGUUAAUGAAGACAUUAACAUUGACCAGUCCAGAUCUGUUCAUUUCACUUAAACCUCUCUGGUCUUUAAAUCAGAACUGUUUACAUACUAUUAUAAAAUGUGUUGAGUGAAUUAAGCCAUGCAUUAACAAUCAGCAGAGCAUGGGUGCAAUCAGACUAAACCCUCCUUCUUUGGCAUCAAUGCUGUCAAUGGAUCUGUAAGUUACUGCAGGAACGACUGUCUUAUAGGGGUACAGGAUUACUCUUAUAGGGUACACAGCUUCCCUUCAAGUUAUGAUUGGGUCAUAUCAAAUAUGUGUUGUAAAGUGUUAUGUUCAGCUGUUUUGAGAAAUGCAUAAUGCCUCUGGUAAUGCAGUAAUUGUGUGUAUUACCUGUUUACAUUCCAAAAGUUUAUCUGCAUUUGUAGGAGGGAUUUUUCCUUUUUCCUCCUUAAGGAGUUGCACAAACAAUCUCUCUCUGACAGUCAUCACUGUAAAACCUGUAUCAGCAGCAGUUGAAAUGUGUUACACUUUUGAUGCUUAAACAAAAAAAAAGUUGAUCUGGAGGUACUUCUGUCUUCGCAAGAGGGGAGAGUGAGGGGCAGGAAGUUGUGAUUCACUUUGACCUAAAAAUAAACUUUUAAAAGGACAAGUAUUUUUAUCAUUGA